CUUGUUAGUCGCCUGUCUUGGCUGGAGAACUCUGGAGUUGGCUUCUCCUUGGAUUAUCCCACCAUAAGUUUACACGCCGUCUCCAGGGACCUGAGUGCCUACCCCCGGGAGCACUUGUAUGUCAUGGUGAAUGCCAAAUUCGAAGAAGAGGAGACAAAAGAGGCUCCCAUGGCUGAAGGGGAGGAGGAGGAAGACAACGAUGACGAUGUUGAACCAAUUGCGGAAUUCAGAUUUGUACCUAGCGACAAAUCAGCCUUGGAAGCCAUGUUUUCAGCCAUGUGUGAGUGCCAAGCUCUGCACCCAGACCCAGACGAUGAAGAUUCAGACAACGAUUACGAAGGGGACGAGUACGAUGUUGAGGCCCAUGAGCUAGGACAAAGUGACAUCCCCACCUUUUACACGUAUGAAGAAGGGUUGUCGCAUUUAACUGCAGAAGGUCAGGCCACUCUGGAGCGGUUAGAAGGCAUGUUAGCCCAGUCUGUCAGCAGUCAGUUCAACAUGGCUGGAGUGAGAACAGAAGAUUCGAUAAGGGAGUACGAAGAUGGGAUGGAGGUGGACAUAGCACCAGUAGUUGCGGGGCAGUUUGAAGACGCAGAGGUUGAUCACUGAGAAGGACGCACGCUGCUAUUCCUCUUGUGGCGCUUCCAGAAUAAGCUGUAAAACCGAAGGCAUUGCAGUGACUAUCGGGAGUUAACAUUUCUUUUAAUGACCCAAGCUUAGACGUCUAGGUCUAUCAAUGCUUUUAUAGAUGUUUAAACAGGGUUUGACAUUUGUGACCACUAUGGGGUUAUUUAGAAAAGACAAAACAAAUAAAAAACAAUAAAACCUCUUGCAUCUAACACUUGAAUGAGGCUAAUCAGGGGUCAUGUCAAAGAAGCCUUUGUAGGAAUUCUAGGACUUCAGAAAUGAAACUGUAAGUAGAAGAGAAUUUUAGAUUGUCCUAGAAUUUUCCAUAUUUUUAUACCU